ACGAUACAACCGAGAUGCUAGAUGAAGCGACGAUGAGAUGAACGAGGAAGCUGGAUCUGAGCGAACAGAAAGAGGACGCGGGCAUGAAAAUUUCGGCGACGAUCAUGGGACAUCACCAAUUUUGAUUUCCCGCCUUUUAGUCGACUUCGCUCCUUUAAACCAGCCCUAAGGCUUUUGAAAAUCGGCUCACGGUUUGGUACUGGAUCCGCACAGUCCACUCCGCGCGAGAGCUCAAUCCCGUGAAUUUGACCACCAUCGUUACAUAGUGUGCAGAGGUCCCAAACAAGAGUUUAUGGUGGAAGAGUCUGACUCGCUCUUGCUGGUGAUCCAAGCGUGAAGCAUCUCUGCUUCUGAAUUGGCCGUGAUUGUGAACAAACGAGUUGUUUCCUGUGAAUGUGUGGGUUUAUGAGUUGAAGGCGGCGGAAUCCAUUAGCACCUGUGCGGAACCGUUCACCUAAUUUACUAUCGUUCGUUCAAUUGUUGGCCGUGGUCACCAUUCUCGAAAAUUAGUCUUUUUCCUUCACGCGUAGGUUAAUCAGUUCCAGAUUCAAAAAUAAGAUUGAAUUGGCGCAGCUCUGCCUCGUUUGUUUGACUAAUUUGAUGUACAAACGCAAGAGGUGCCAAGAGGUAAUCCCAAUAGAUUCAUUGCUGCCUACAUCCAAGACUCCUGGCAAUGAAUGCAGUUGUGGAUUAAUCGCUGCGCUAUUGGAGCAACAUCCAGAUAAACCUGAGUUUGGCAGAAAAUCAAUUCGAAUGAACAGUUAAGAUCACAAUUUGAUGUAAUUUUGUUUGCAUCCUACCGUGAAUCAAGUUUAACUGGACUCAAGUAUCAAUCCGGUCCCGAAAUCAUGGCUACCCCCUGCGAGCCGUCAGUCAGCGUGGCGUCACUAGCUCCUGGAGUGAUCUCCGGCCGAAGUUUCAUGAGAAGGCCCGGAAGGCAACGCUGGGUGCCUUCUGGAAUUUUAGUAAAAGCUGACGAAGUAGUUGUACCAGUGGCUCCUCCUCCUCAGUAUCAGAAGAAAGUAGUGUUGGAGGCGCGUGAGGAUCUUGAAGAGAAGGAGGCGCUUUUGCCAGAGGGCACUCCGUUAUUAUCGGUUUCAGGUGUAGAGCUGCCGGAGAGUGCAGUUGGACCUGCUUUGGAGUUUCUUGAAUUCUGCUCUGCGUUCUACAAACCCCUUGGAAUGAAGAAAUCAGAGGCAGAGAAGUCAUUGCACGAGGUCGUUAAAGGAUGCAACUUGAAGAAAGGAAGUCAAUGUCAAGUUGUGCAAGUCUUUGUGCGUCUGUUAUCAGUGGUACUGUAUGGGACUGAUGAAGAGUGUAAUGUUGCAUCCGGUUACAAGAGCAAGAAUUCAUGGCUGGAAGUUCUAAAAAAGUACUUGUACAAGAAAUCUCACCCUGAUCCGAAGGGUCUUCAAUCAAGGAACGCAGAAGGAGAAGAAAUUAAAGUCAAGGAAACUGAAGGUGAGGAGAGUGAAGUCAAGGACGCAGAAGCUGUAUGCUCCUUCAAACCUUCUCCAACACUGUCACAUUCAGUAGCAUCUCCUUCUAAUUCAACCCUCUCUCCUAUUCAAGAAUCAGUGCACAAGUUUGCUGCAGCGCUUGAGAGCGGAGCGGAUGGUUUUGAAUCCCUUUCUAUUGAGGAAAAGCUGCAACUUCUCAAUCUGCUUUGCAACGAUGUUCUCGGCACUGCGGUACUAAGAGGACAUAUUGAGAGAGUGAUGUUUGAGUACAAUGAGACGAGGAAGGAAGAGAAGGAGAAGUCCAAGUCCGCGAAGAAAAAGGUGAAACUGGACCUAGAAAACCUGAAGGAGAGCUUGUUGACAGGUGGGAAAAGUGAAGGUGCGCAGACAUUGAAGCAACAAUCUGAAAAUAUGUUAAAGCUGAGAUCUAAUGUGUUGAAAGGAUCAACUGCAGAGACCAGCAUUUCAAAGGGUCCUGGUACAGAAGCUCUCAGGAGUGAUGCAGUCAAGACCGAGCCAGUAGUUUGGGACGGACCACGUGCAGUCUGGAAACUGAAGGGAGGAAACGAUCGUACAGACGUAACCCUUCAAGUUAUAGCCGACAUAGAAGGUAUCCCGAAAGAAAAAUGGACAGUGUACUCAGAGGCGGACAAGGAGGUUCUUGCAGUUUAUCUUAAUCAGAAAAAGAAUGGUCGAAGAAGAGCGCGCAAGAGAUAUCAGCUGAAGACGAUUGAAAGCCAUCCAGUGAUGUCAAUAGAUGCUGGAGCUGAUGCUAAAGAAAUACUCUCCGAUGAAAGAGCACCGACCGAUGGUGACCUUUGUAUGUCUUCGUCAUCUUCAGAUGAUAGUGGUUGUGACCAAGAGUCUGAACCUGAACCUGAACCUGAGUUUGAGGAAUAAAUCAUUUUUGCUUCAGUCGGAUAUUUAGUGUUAGACUGCGAGAACCUUCAUUGGCGAACAAAUAGAGCCAAAUUAAAACCGUGCCCCGUUCCUGAAGUCCCGAACUCGAGCUAAUUUAAAACUCGAGUGGGCUUCCAUCUUGAGUUGUCAAAUUUGCAAGUCCUAAGCGGUAGCCAAAUUUUGAGUGACGUUGAAUAUGCAGCAUUAUUACAUCUCUUGGAAGAACAGAAGUUGUAAACCACCCACUAACAAAACGGACUCUGCGAACUCAUGCGCGGAGGUGAAGCGCUGGAUCUAUCCUAACCGCAGUUCUAGAGCAAAUUGAAUGUGCUGCACAGCACAUGUGCCUCUAAGAAGACAAGGACAAGUGAUCAGAUGUGAAGAUAUGUAAUGGUUAGGUUCGAUACACGAAUUCUGGUGCGAUUACCUUUACAUUUAAUAGAUCCAUUUUUUAUGUGCUUUGAAA